UGCGUAAAUCAAGUACAACGUUCACAAGGAGGUCAUGGGCCCCAGACGUCAGAUCCCGAACAUUUUAUCUAGUUUUUGUUUCCUGGAAUUUCGAAGUCCGAUAUCUGGAGCUCUGUAGCUACAGAACAUGGCUAGCAGUAGAUUUAGUUGUAGCAUUUGUCUUGAUGAUUUUAACAACCCCAAAAUUAUUGACUGUCAUCACACAUUUUGCGAGAAAUGUUUAGCAGAUCACAUCCGGACAUUUUCGCAUAAUAAUGUGUUUUCCUGCCCACUUUGCCGACGGAAUAUCUCGGUGCCUGAUGGAGGUGUGAGCGGAUUUUCUUCCAAUUUUUACCUUGAGGAGUCCCUAAUGUCUUCAGAGGGCAAAGAUGGCAGUUCUUCCAAAUAUAUUCCAAGAUGUGAUAUUUGCAAAAAGGAAAAUUCUUCUCAAUUUCGAUGUGUCGAGUGUGACCAGUUUAUGUGUCAACCAUGCAAGACCACCCAUGAUUCCAUAAAAAGCUGUAACAGCCAUGUUGUAACAGGUUUAGAUGCAGCAACCAUCAAGAAAGCAAAGAAAACACUCUGCCCAAGACAUUCCCAGGAGCCGUUGAUAUUCUAUUGUCGAAACUGUAUGCUUACGGCGUGCUAUCGAUGUUCCGUUACAAUCCACAGUGGCCAUACGAUUGUCGACAUUGAUUCUUCUCUAAGAUCAGAGGUAUCACAAGAACUUAAGAAGUUACAGAUCGAUUUAAAUAACCAACGGGACCAAUUUCAGGACCAACUGGAUUUCUUGAAGGCCGAAAAAUUAAAGAUUCAGAACAAGUCACAAGUUACAUGUCAACAAGUGGAAAGUCACGUUGAGACUAUUUGUAAAGAAAUUAGAAAAGUAGGGCGUGAACUACAAGAAGAGAUUGAGAAAACAUGUGCGACUGGAGUAAAAACAAUGGAUGACCACAUCAUAAAUAUGGAAAAAUUAGUCGCCCAAGCGCAAGACAUCUUGAUGAAGACAACAGAGCUUUUAGAUGAUGACACAACAGUCCAUAUGGUCAACUAUUUGCCAAAUUUAUGUCUUCAAAGACAGAAAUUCACCGACAUAGAUGUUGUUGUUCCAGAUGUGAAGAUGACUGAUUUUCAUAUUGGUGAUCUCAAUUUAGAAAUGCUGUACCAGCAAGUUGGUCGUUUGGAGUUCAGAGAAAUUUGCCUAUUUCAAUCAAAGUUUGAUCUGAAUGAAAUUGCUGGUACACAACAAGGCUGCAUGGGUUGCGAAUUCAACAUCAAGAAGCAGUUACGCUGUAAUAUAACAGUUCAAAAAGAGGCUGAAUCCAUUAGUUCGAUCUUGAGUGCAACCAGAAAUCCUAAACCAGGCGAGUAUCCACACCCCUUGACCAAUGACUUUGUUUUCAUAGCUGUGCUCGUCAAUAAAGAUGAAAGAAAGUCGUUGCAGAUAAAACUGAACGAGACUGUCACUGAAAACCAGACAUUUUACAUAUUUAGAUGGACCAGUUUGCUCGAUUGGAAGGUUUUAGCGGAUGCAAAGAAUGGAUUUAUUGAUGAUGAUAAAAAGGUUACUAUGAAAAUCAUUGCUUGGGUAAAACAGAGAUACUAAAAAUACUGAGAUCGAAAACAUUUAUCAAAUUAUAUUGAACGCCUAAAACAAAUUGGUUCAAAUUGUUUUGAGAUAAACUUAAUCAGAUUUGCAAGAGGGUCCAACAAACCACACACAUCGAAUUCGCCAAUUUUUGUUUGUUUAAUUUUUAAUAUGCUUUGGUGAAAAUGUCUUUAAAUCUCCCUUGGUUUGAGUAAGAAAAGAGUUACGUUACAUGUAGGCCUACCUAUAAGUAAAUGAGUUUUAACUAUUCUCUUUGUAGACAUGAUUUUUGUAUAUUUCUAGUUAGGUUGCUUGCCAUAGACUAUGAGCAAAAAAAAAGAGUGGCAUGUACAAUGAUUAAACGGUAAGCUACAUGUAUAUGUUGGCCUAACUGUAGAAAUAAAAUUAGAUUGGGAUAAAACAUGUUAAUUACAAUUUUUAUUUUUGUACAACGAUACAUACAUACAUUAAUAUGAAUAUAUCAUUAAAAAAUAAAGGUUAUUAUUCAUUUA